AUGGCAACGGUGACUGUAAAGUCGUCCGAUGAUCUUCCUUCCACAGUUGAGGAAGAUGCUGACUACGAGGUGGCAAAGAACCAGAUUGUUACUGAAGUCAAGGAAGUCGAAUCCUUAUUCAAGGCCGUGUUGAGCCGGAUAUUCAGUCACCUGUACCAUUACUUGAGACACAAGGCGAUGCAGUCGUAUCUGUCGUUUUAUAUAGUCAGCCCUCUGGGUUCGGGAAUGGGAAAUCUGCUUAACAGCAACCUUAAUGACCAGUACAUCACGAACAAAUUGGGACUACCGGAAAAUGCCACACCGGCCACCUUUAAUAUCGCACAUGAACAGGUGGAGGUGCCGUCGCAUUUCUCGAAGGCUCGUAAGCAGUGCUGGUUAAUACGGUCAACGAACCCCAAAGCGACCAAGGCAUUUGUACUUCUACACGGGUGGUUCGGUAACAUGCAGUCGUGCUUACAUUUCGCCGAUAUACUCAACAAGAUGGGUUCUCUAGAUACCCACCACAUACUGAUAUUGGAUUUGCGCGAUGAUGCCGGCAAGUCCUUCGAGACAAACAUUGGGUUGAAGGGAGUCGCGGACAUAUACGAUGCUGCCACAUACCUGAAUCGAGAGUUGGGUGUGGAUCAUGUGAGCCUUUAUGCGCAGUCUGUGAGCUGCAUUAGCGCUCUGUUGUUCAACGAUCUCAUCACAAGAAUCAAAAAACCUUUAGACAACAGUUCCAGUAAGGCAAUAUGCCCGCUAUUCGAUGGCAUGGACACCGCCCUCCUCCGCAAUUUGACGGUGGAUACGAUCAUCAUGGAAUCCCCGGUGGCAAACAUUCGCAAUCACGUGGCUAAUUCGACAACGGAAUCGGUUAAUUGGUUGAUGGAACAUGUUCUGUCCUUGGUCAACAAGGACGGAUUCCACAUUGAUAACCUAUCCCUCCAAACAUUUUUAAGGGAUCCAGAGACAUGUUCCAAAACGUACAUCAUGCAGGGUUCGAAUGACACUAUUACAACCCCUGAGAUGCUUCGGAGUGAGUUAACGAGGAACGAUUUGCCAUCCCGUGUAAACAUGUUUUUGUUCCGGGACGGGGGCCACGCCAACUUAUCGGCAACGAGCAAGCCGGACUACUACUACACCAUAAAGCAUGUGACGGUUGGCCGAAACGCAUGGGAGUUCCUGACACGCAAGGGUACAAAGACACGUGUUUACAACCCCGAUGACCUGGUUAUGUGA